AUGCUGGACAGUACAGCCUCGGGGCGCAAUGCCCGGCAACACCCACAGCCAGCGCCGAUAAUCCCGCCGUCGCCGACGUUGUCGAACCCAGACAUGAUCUUGCCGUUCGACGAAGGCGAGCGCGAGUCGUCCACCCCCUCUCCGCCGUUCAACCUCCCGUCCCUGUCCCAUCUGCAAGGAUUCUACGAGAGGAAACCACUCCCAAGUCUUCCCGGCGCCAACAACCCCGCCCCUGGACAACUGCUUCCUCCCUCCAACUGGUCGCAGAAGAAGAACUUCGCGCGACACGCGUGGGCGUCUGAUACCCGCGACGUGAGCCGCCGCCUCUCCGACAUCGGCGAGGAAGAUGCGUCGUCGUCGUCACCGCCGCGAAAAGGGGGCUAUUCGGGGAGCCUGACUGUCACGUCGCGGGGACCGGGGCCCAAAUUGGCGAGUUCGCCGGUCCUGUACGGACGUGGGGAGAAGGAAGCGCGAGAGAAUGGGGCGUGGAGUAGUUCGUCUGGGUCGACGAUCAGUGGUGCGAGCGAGUCUUCGUUGCGGGAGGAGGCGUCGAAUCGAGCGGAUCCGGCAAAGGAUGAAAUAGUGCAACUAGGUGUAGAGUCGGCGGUGGAGCAGAAGGGGCCCGACGAUGCGUUGUCGUCGGCUAUCUUGAGCAGUGAGGCGGAGCGGAUUCUGGAGAAUGCGAAGAAAAAGCUCACGCUCAUGGAAGGAAACCUCAGUCGGGCCCGUACGACCAUGCGAUCAUCUCCGUCGCUGUCGUCAACGCCGUCACCGGUGCUAGCCUCACACCCAAUGGGACUCGGACAGCCCGUGGGUGGUCUGUAUCAGUCAAUCUCACGCGCGGACCGUAGGGCAUCGGCUCUGCGUCCUCGAACAACGUACACCUCGUCGCAAGAUGCGAUCAACAACCGACAUUCGAGGGUGUACAGUGAAACCAAUCUUCCGUCUUCAGCGCCGUCCGACCCUUCGUCUGACCAGAAAACGAUGUCACGAUCGCUGAGCGCCAUGGGCUCCAGUACUUCCUCCAACCUUCACAACGACGAUCGCUCGUUCCGUUAUGAGCCAACUAGAGCCUAUCUUACGCAUCGUGCCUCUGUAUCGUCGAUGCAACCGCCGGCCUCGCUCCAGGCUCGUAGACCCAACGUGACGUCCGAGGAGAAUACCGCCGAGACGACCCAGGGACUAGGCAUCACAAGCGACGAUGCGAAUGCCAACAAAAUCUCCAGCAUGGAGGAAUUCAACUCCGCCUACCCCUCCCAAGAUCCCCCGUCUCGUGCACAGUCCCAGCUUCAGGUGCGCGAUCUCCAGGAUCAGAUGAAAGGUCUCCACAUCAAGAUCUCGAGCUUGAAAGUGAAAGCCCAGGAGGACAACCUCCGUCGGCGGAGCCUGCAGAGUCUCCGGACCCCUAGUCCCUUCACCGAAGGCGACCAAUGGUACCCAAGUGCGCUGGAACUCAAGAACAGCAACGGCAGUCUUAAGUCGGAUGCGGAACGGGGACGAAUGGCAGAAAAUCCGCCAAGGACUCAGCAUCAUGGCCCUGAAACCAGUACGAAUGGCCCUGCACCGGGUCGGAGGGACUAUGGAGGGAGGGAUUCCGCAGCCUCGUUUUCGCGGCGGCCCAGCGCUGCUCCCCAUGCUGUCGAACCCACGGACCAGGACGACCGGCAAUCUGUUAUUGAGAGUUUGUAUGAAGAUGCCGAGGAGGGAGACUACGAUACGGACGGUUCCUCGAGCUCAGACAUUGAUCGCGAGGCUCUGGAAGAGAUCCUCCGCGAGCCCUUUGACGACGACGAUCUGGAAGAUUCUCUAGAGGCGUUUCCGGCGGUGCCUCAUCAUACGGAGAUGACGCCUCACGAGGAGCGCGAGGACGCAUUCGACUACGAGCAUUUUAUCCUGCAUAGCGCCCUGGGGAACUUCUCGCAGUCCAAACUGCGUCGCACGAGUAACGUAUCAACGUCUUCGGUGGAGACCACGCGACCGGCUCACGGAGGCCCUGGUGCUCGACAUCUACGGUCCGACAGCACGGCCUCGCUCUCCACCAUCGCGACAUUUGCUACAGCUUCAGAGGGAGAUGAUCUCGAAAGCGUCCUUUACUGGGACCGGAAGUUCAACGAUGAACUGCGCAGCCGCCAAAACUUCAGGGACCCUGAGCCCAGCCGCCAUGAUUCGGAAGUAAUGGGGACGCCUCGUGCAUCGCGCAGCCAAUUCAGCCGCAGCGAUCACCGGAACGGCAACUCGAAUACUUCCUCGAGAACAAUUUCCCCCGUUCGGCGAUCCGACUCGGCCACGACGGGGACCGUCACGCCCAGCUCUCUGGUGUCUUCCCUCGUGUCGACGGUGCGAGCCGCCUCGUCGAGUCCGUAUCCCAAUCCCAACGCCCCGGAGACCAACAUACCGGGAUUCAACAACGACGACACGCGUCUGCUAGAGCAGCUGUUUCGGAGCUUGGGCCAGGUCUGUCUGGAUCUACAGACCCUUACUGCUUCGACAGAGCCUGAUCCCAAGACGCUGCGGGUUCUUCGACGGCGGCUGGAUGCAGCUCGGAGGGUUCUGGACGGGGAGCUUGAUGCCUGA